CUCCAGGGGCUUCAAUCAGCCUUAAUGAAAGGCAAAAGGCAUGACAUAAUUCCAACCCCACAUCGACAUUGAUCUUCUCGACUUCCUUAAGGCUUCAAAAGGCUCCGAUGUUGAGACCAGUCGGGUACCUCAUUGGGGGUCACGAGGGUGGCCCGGAGCCCUGUCCAUAACGCGAUCCGCGCCUGCGGGAACACGAUCGCCUCUGAAGGAGGUGACUGUACUCGGUACUGUUCACCAAAUGAGCUUGCAGCUCUGAUCGUGGCGAAGUCAACACGUGAUAUGUGCUUCAAGCAUCCCAAAUUCAGCCUCUCCCCAGGCACCUAUAUUGGAAGAGAGGAGAUGAUAGGCUGGUUCGCUGCUCGAAAUCCCUCGGACUUCUUCCAACCAAAUGUCAGUAGGACUUUGACCCGUCACGGGGUUGCCGGAAAGGGACCUAUCUCAGACUUUCCGUCGUUCAUAGGUUCAAGGCAACUCUACAAACGUGUGUUUCAAAAUGUCUUCAGUUUCGAGGCUGAAUUAUCAGAGCUCGGCAUUUCCGUUCAAGCUCGUUCCCAGAAAAAAAAUGGAGUUGUACUCGACUCUGUCAGCACUCCUUCAGGCAACGAAAAGACGAAAAGAUUCUCGGUAACAGGAUGUAGGGAUUGCGGAUCCACCUAUCUCCCUGCCAAGUUGGUGGGAAGCUUACAGAGUUGGACCAAUUGUAAGGCCAACUAUGAAGAACUAGUUGAAUCCUGGAACCACCAAAUGAUUUCAUCAAAUUAACGCAUUUGCUUCUAGUGGCUGUCAGGCGUUCGAGUAAACAAUUGACCCAUGUUCCACGGAACGUUAGAGAAA